AAUUUAGAGUUUAAAAACAAAAAACGUUACUUUUGGCAAAUACCUGAAAGUUAAAACAAAGCCAGGGAAAAAAAAUUGUUUUAGGAGUAGAUAGAUCCCAAGGCUUAUUAUAUUGACCAUAACAACUGUAUUUUUUGUGAAUCCARCAUGGAAACGACGGAUCAUCAUUUUUUAUCGAUGUACUUACACAAAAACUUUCUGGGAGGAUUUUCUGGACUGGCUUUCUACAAAGACCCAGCUACAGGACACACUUACUCUGGACAACAUAAUAUUUGGUUUGAACUUGAAGGAUGCACAAUCAGACUAUGUUUUAAACAAUUUAUUACUGAUGUCAAAAUAUUUCAUUCAUUGCUGCAAAUGGAAAAAGGUAAAGCCUAUAUUUAAUGUACUUAAAAAACAUCUUGUUGGAAAUUAUGUAAUUGCUUUAAAACAAAUGAAAUGUAAGAAUGCAAAGUCUCUAUGGAAUGGAUUUGAAAAUAUUUGAAGACUUCUGGUUGUAGUUGUACAACUGUGUGAAUGUGUUUGAUUUUUUUUUUAUUUUGUUUAUUUCUAUUGUUUGCUCUGUUCUAUCUUGUGCCUUGAAAAUGUUAUUUCACCUGUUUAUUGUUGUUAAAUCCCUAAACGAUUGUACACUUGAAUUUAUAUUACAAAAAAUAAAAAAUAAAAAGAUCCCAAGGCUCGUUUUGUAUUAAUCUCUUGCAGCAUAUUACUCCGCACCACGUUGAGUAAAAUGUCCUCCUCUAAAAACAAUAGUCCAUCAAAUAUAACGUUAGAAAAUAAUUACGUGUAGCAAAAUAAGGUGAAUAAAUAUUAAAAACCGACAAACAAAUGUAACGUUGAGUUAACAAGCAGCGCUGUUUCAAACAAAAACAAUAAAUAAAGAUCAGGUCUAUCGGACAGGAAGCGAGGAGAGACUCAUGGCGCCCGACUAGAAAGAACCAACAAUUAUCGGUUCCUUUUUUGUUUCCUUUUCGUCUCCUCUACGCUAAAGGAUACUACACUCCUUUAAACUGCACGGUAUGGAUUCAGAGGAGAAUGAGGUGGAGAGCAGCAGUGAUGCUGGCCCAUCAGGGAUGGAGGAGCCGUCUGAAAGCGGCAUGGGGAUGGAGUCAUCGGAGGCUAUGUCGGCAGACAGCAGUGAUGCUGCUGCCUCUCAUCCACAGGCCCCAGAGUCAGACUGUCAUGUGGGACAGAGCUCAGAAGGACUUGUGGUGUUCAUUCCAGAAACCAGCUCUAGCACAGAUGUCAGAGUUUCUUCAGUCCAUCUUCCUGACUCCUCCUCUGUGGCUCAGUCUACCAGCGUGUCCAGUGUCUCCACAGUGACUCAAUCAGUGCUGGUGUCAGAAUCAGCCCAGGUUCUGGUUCACUCCAGCGCCGUGUCUGAAGGAGCUAUGAUGGUUUCGGACUCCACUGCCUCUACCUCAUCAGAUCUGGGCUCUGCCAUCGACAAGAUCAUAGAGUCCACCAUCGGUCCCGAUAUCAUGAAUGGUUGCAUAGCUGUGACAAGUGCAGAGGACGGAGGGGCAGAAACUACCCAGUAUCUGAUUUUACAAGGACCAGAUGACGGGGCUCCCAUGGUUGCGCAGAUGUCAUCGUCUGCCCUGUCCAACCGUGUUGCUGUGGAAGCUCUCACUGAAGGUCCCACGUCCACGUGUCUGGACCAGGGAGACCUGCAGGGCGGCCUGGAACCAGACCAGCCUGACGAUCAACCAGGACACUCGGGUUACCCGGAGGACAGCAGUAGUCAGCCUGACCAACCCCAGCACUCCCACCCCUCCCAGUACAUGGACUGCAGCGCAGAUGGCCCAGACCAAACAGAGGAGUCUUCCUCUUCCUAUUUGGAGUGUUCAGGUGAGGAACCCGACCAGACCCGCUCGCAGCCGGGCUUUCCCGACUACAGCGGGAACAACAGUGACCAGGACCUGCCUGGCUACGUGGAGUGCCGCGGUGCUGACUCGGACGCCACCGGCCGGAGUCACUGCGUGGUGGCRUGCAGCUCUGGGUACCUGGAGUGCGCAGCGGAUGAGAGGCAGCGGUCCCAUCAUUCACGCRGCUACAUCGACAGCAGUGCAGACCACCGGACUCAGACCAGCCGGCAGUAUGGAGCCGAGUACGGGGCAGAAUGUGUUGCAGCCGCAGACUCUGAGCAGCCGGGCUGUUCUCAGUACCAAGCAAGAGAUGACGACGACGACGAGGAUGAACAGAACCAGGAUCCAGAUCAGCCACAGCAUUCUCAGCAGCAGCCGCAGCACUCCUGUUACACAGAGAACAGCAACGGGCCCGAGGGGUCUCUGUAUCCCGAUGACAGCUCYUCAUCCGACCACCCGCUGGCGGACACGGCUGGUUCCGUCAGACUUCCCGAAGCCCUGGAAUGCAGCGAGAGCCAACCUGGCAUCUACAUCAGCAGCAGUGGCACGUACGCCUCGAACCCGGAGCCAGAACCACCCCAACAGAGCUCGCCCUGCCGAGGGGAGCCCCGAGGUUCUCAGGAUGAAGCUGGCCUUUCCAGAGACGAGGAAGCAUCAGCCGUGGCAGAGGGCUCCGGAGACCACCACCCUAACCUGGCUGAGUUAGAGGAGAUGAUGGAGGUGGUGAUCAUUCAGCAGUUUAAGUGCAGGAUGUGUCCGUACAAGAGCGCCUCCAAAGACACACUUAUCAAACACAUGAGAGAGAAACACUUUAAAAUGGCCAGAGAAAUGCCGACGAAGCGUAAACGUGGACGGCCUCCAAAAAGUACGACAUUAGCUCGUCAAAAAGCAGAGCGAGAGGAGGCCGAGAAGAAGAAGGUAGCUGAGGAGGAGGAGGACGACGACGUUGUGGACGCUGGUGCCAUUGAUGAUCCUGAAGAGGACAGCGACUACAAUCCAGUAGAAGAAGAGGGCAAAGGAACUCCGGCUGUUCUCAAGAAACCUUCUACUCCCAUCUCCUCCUCUUCACCAGGGCGUCCGCGAAGAAAAGUUGGCCGUCCGAGAAAAUACUCUGUUCCAGGUGAAGGUCACGGCAGCAAAGAAGCAGAAAGUGUUUCCAAAAAGCCCAGGGUUGACGUAGAGGCCGGAGCAUCUGAAGAGGCGAGCUCUUCUGGUUUAGGAAACGCAGCUGAAGCAGGGACUGAUGGAGACACAGCUGAGGCGGCAAUAAGCCAGUCAGACUCUGAGAACAAAGACCCUUCGUCCAACUCCCAGCCAGAGGAGGAGUUCUUCCCGAGGAAACGGGGCCGACCGUCCAAGCGCUUCCUACGCAAAAAAUACAAGAAGUACAUGAAUCGGAAUCGGUACUACAAAUCCCUCAAACCUCUCCUGCGACCUCACAACUGCUGGAUCUGUGGUUCUCGCUUCCUCACUCAAGACGAUUUGCGUUUUCACGUGGACUCUCACGAAGGCAACGACCCGGAGCUCUUCAAGUGCCUGCAGUGUAACUAUCGCUCCAAGCGCUGGUCCUCACUCAAGGAACACAUGUUUAACCAUGAGGGCAAAAAGCCAUUUAAAUGUGAAGAAUGUGAUUACUCAAGUGUUUACAAGAARGAUGUCCUUCGACACUCAACAGUCCACAACAAAGACAAGAAAAGAAAAACGGAGUUGGCUCCUAAGGUGUCAGAGUUCCCCUGCCCUGUGUGCGACAAGGUGUACCCAAUGCAAAAGAGACUGACCCAGCACAUGAAAACCCACAGCUCAGAGAAACCCCACAUGUGUGAUAAGUGUGGUAAAUCCUUCAAGAAGCGGUACACGUUCAAAAUGCACUUAUUAACCCACAUCCAGAGUCUUGGAGAAAACAAGUUCAAGUGUGAGUUUUGUGACUUUACUUGUGAAAACAAGAAGCUGCUGCUCAACCAUCAACUGUCCCACACCAACGACAGGCCUUUUAAAUGCGACUACUGUAAAUAUUCCACCUCUAAAGAAGAGUUUCUCGUCUCUCAUCUGGCCAUCAAACACACAGGGGAGAAGCCUUUCUCCUGCAGCAUGUGUCACUUCAUGACCAAGCACAAGAAGAACCUGGGUCUUCACGUCCAGUGUCGCCACCCCGAGAUUUUUGACGAGUGGUCGGCGGCUAACCCUGUAGAGCCGGUGAGACGGCGGCGAAAACCCUUCUUCACCCUGCAGCAGAUAGAGGAGCUCAAACAACAACAACACGACGACACGCAGGCUUUGCAGAGCACGAUUGUCACUGUGGAUUCUGCAACAAUACAAGCAAUGCAGAGCAUAGAAAAUGCUUCGGUGGAUGCAUUGGGAAACCCCACUAUCAUCUAUGAACAAGCUGAAUCUGGGGAUCUGUCUGCUCAAAAUGCUCUGGACCUGCUGCUGAAUAUGAGCAACGCUCGUGAACUCGUUGGAAAUUCCUUACAGGUAGCUGUGCUGAAUUCAGAAGGGAAAUCUGUGGAAAACGGUUCACUCACAGCUGUGACUGUGGCGCCUGGCGAGGCUCAGAAGAUUAUGACAGUUCACGUGACUGAGAAUGGAGAAACGGUGCUACAAGAGGCCUACGAGGCGACCACCACUGAAACGGGAGAGAUCGCUCACUUUGCCAUUGAAGCUUAUGAGGAUGGAGGGGAGUUCAGUGUGGUAGAGCAGCAUGAUGGAGAAAGUCGUAGUUCAGGCUACAGUAAUGGAGAGAGUAGUCCUCCGCAGGGUUUAGAAGUUUCAGGAUCAGAGAGCCUGAAAGGUGACAAGUACUAUAUAAGUUCAACCUUGGCUGACGGUGUGUUGCAACAAGUGGAGCUGAGCAGUGAAGCUCCAGCCUCUCCUCCUGCAGUGAGCUCCCUCAGCCUCAACACCAAGAGGUUCUCCUGCCGAAUCUGCAUGGAGGCCUUCAACGGACGCUCCGACAUGGAGAACCACAAGAGGGCGCACGUGGAUCCCAACACGUUUAAAUGUCCUGACUGUGAUUAUACCUCCAGCUCCUGGCCUGAAGUAAAGGCUCACAUGGGGAUGCACUCUUACCUGCGUCCUCACAAGUGUCCAAACUGCAGCUUCGCCUCAAAGAACAAGAAGGACCUGCGCAGACACAUGAUGACACACACCAACGAGAAACCGUUCGCUUGUGAACUUUGUGGCCAAAGGUUUAACCGCAACGGCCACUUGAAGUUUCACAUGGAGCGUCUUCAUAGUGACGAUCAUCCUGCUCGCAAAGGCCGAACGAUGUCUCAGCAAACCAUUAUCGUCAACAGUGAUGAGGAGGCCUUAGCCACCCUGCAGUCCUUGCAGACACAUCAAACGGUGAUCACUCCGGAGAGGCUACAAACCCUGGGACAAGAUCACAUUUUUGUAACUCAGGAGCAGGAGCUGUCAGACCAGGGGGACAGUUCGUACAUCCAGCAGAUCACCACAUUAGAUGGUCAGACAGUUCAGCACCUAAUGACAGCGGAUAAUCAGGUAACUGAAGUCCAGUACAUCAUCUCCCAGGAUGGAGAUGUGGAGCACCUGAUUCCUCAGGAGUAUGUCGUGGUUGCUGAUGGCAGUCACAUUCAGAUGCCUGAUGGACAAAUCAUCCAGUAYGAGCAUGAGCAGCAGAUUACUGUAGAUCAUGACGGUCAGAUCCAGUACCUGCCUGUCAGCUCAGAGCAGAUCCUGAACUCUGAGGAGCUGGACGCCGCUUCACAAUCUGCUGUCACAGCUGUAGCAGAAGCAGCCAUGGAAGAAACCCAAACGUUUUACACUGAAGCUACACCGGAGCAGCUGGAGCAGCUGCAGCAGCAGGGCAUCCACUACGACGUCAUCACUUUCACCAACGAGUAGAGGUGCAAACAAAGCCAAAGGGACAAACGGAAAUGACAGAGACCUCAUCUUAUUUAUGCACCUGUAAAAAAAAAAACAGCCUUAUCUUCUCCACUGCAUUAUCUGUCCGAGGCAGCUACAAAACAUCAGCUUGUUUAAAAAAAGAUCUACUUUGUUGCACCUGUUGCUUCUAUCUUCUUCAUAGGGACUGUACGUUUCUGACAUAAUCUGAGGAAGAUUUGCUUGUUUUUGUCAUUUACGUGCCUGAAAUGCUUUGACUUGCAAGACAAUGUUCUCAUAGAAAAGGCCGCGUUAAAACCGUGGUUUUAAAAAGUGAUCAGUACUUAAGGUUUUGAAUGAGUUUAAAUGGAAAGGGAGUGUUGUUGUUUUUUCUCGGUAUUAAGUUAUGUUUAUUGCUUGAAUAUUACAACCUGCUCAUGAAAUAUAAAUGUACAUACAUUUUGCAGAUAUUUUUUGUUGUAAUAAAGAAAAGUUUUGAGUUAUCGAGUACAAUAUUAUCAAAAGUUGAAAGCUAACACCAAAUAAAUUGCUUUGUGUAUAAAA